AUGAGCUGCUAUAAAUAAAGGAAAUAUCUGCACUUUACUCGCAUUCACAUCUCUGAUCUCUGAAGUCCAACAACCAGAAACAUGGAGAGACAUUUUCUCGGAUGUUUUUUGCUCAUACAUUUCAUCCAAAGCUCAUCAGCUUACAGACCGCAAACUAAAGAUGUCUGCUUUCUCCAAGUGGACGAAGGACCGUGUUUAGAAGAUGUGCCGCGUUUUUACUACAACACGCUCACUCAGAGCUGUGAGGAGUUCAGCUACGGUGGCUGCGAAGGAAAUGCCAACAACUUUAAGUCUUAUGAGGCGUGCCAUAAAACCUGCUUCUCGAUUCCGAAAAUUCCUUCCAUCUGUCGACUUCCAAUGGAAAAGGGGCUAUGCUUUGGCAUUUCCACUCGCUAUUUUUUCAACAUGGCCUCCAUGCGGUGUCAAGCGUUCGCCUAUGGAGGCUGCAGUGGAAAUAAUAACAACUUCCCUGAUCACAUUUCUUGCAUGGAAUACUGCAGGCCCAAAAAGUUGGUCCCUGUGAUUUGUCUGGAGGGCUUGGACAAAGGAACAGGCAGUGAAUAUUUCACAAGAUACUACUACGACUCUAUGAAAAAAACAUGUAAAGAGUUUGAGUACACAGGACGUGGAGGAAACAACAACAAUUUUGUCUCCAUGGAAACCUGCAUGUCAGUUUGUUCUAAAAGAAAACCAAAGAGACAAAGUGGUCAAGCUGUAAGAAUUUUUCGAAAAAGAGUAGAAUGAGUACUGGGCUUUAUUUCUCCAACUGGAUGUGCUAUUGUAUGCUUAAACUUCCUACUCUCAGUGUAAUGUGAAUCGAUUGUACUACAUGUGAUGUAUUUUAAAUUUUGACUACUGUAUGUAAUUUUACAUAUGCAGAUAAGUUAUAUGUUAUACUAUAAGUACAUACAUGUUUACAUUUAUAUAUAUAUUACAUAUACAUGUAAUGUUGUGUUCACAAAAAUGGCUUGCUUAUAUAUUUUAGUGUUUACAUUUCUGUUUAAUAUUUGAAUCAUUUUGUAUUGUGUACAUUUUCAGUUUCUGUCUCAUAAGUGUCUGUAAUAUUGUACAAAAAAAUCUAUCUAUCUAUCUAUCUAUCUAUCUAUCUAUCUAUCUAUCUAUCUAUCUAUCUAUCUAUCUAUCUAUCUAUCUAAUCGAAAAAUAAAGUAAUUUUCUUUAA